AUGGAGCCAUUGGCAACGACCUUGUGUCCUCUGGAAUGCACACAAACCACCAGAAACGAAACCCCCAAUGAAACCACCUGGUCUUCAGAGCAUGUGACUAAAUACACGUAUAUCUCAAUCUCCCUGGUCAUCUGUUCACUGGGACUGGUUGGGAACGGCCUUUUGAUAUGGUUCUUGAUUUUCUGCAUCAAGAGGAAGCCAUUCACCAUCUACAUCCUACAUCUCGCCUUUGCUGACUUCAUGGUCCUCCUCUGUUCAUCCAUCAUUCAGCUAGUGAACACUUUCCACAUCCACGAUUCCACCUUAGUGAGCUAUGCCGUCCUCUUCAUGAUCUUUGGCUACAACACGGGCCUGCACCUCCUCACGGCCAUCAGUGUGGAGCGCUGCCUCUCGGUGCUUUACCCGAUCUGGUACCACUGCCGACGCCCGAAACACCAGUCCACUGUGGCCUGUACGCUGCUGUGGGCCUUGUCUGUUCUUGUGUCUGGUUUGGAAAACUUCUUCUGCAUUCUGGAAGUGAAGCCCCAGUUCCCAGAAUGCCGAUACGUGUACAUAUUUUCCUGUACCUUGACUUUCCUGGUCUUCGUCCCUCUCAUGGUCUUCUCGAACUUGAUACUCUUCAUCCAAGUCUGCUGUAACCUGAAGCCGCGUCAACCGGCCAAACUCUAUGUGAUCAUCAUGGCCACCGUCAUCCUGUUCCUUGUCUUCGCCAUGCCCAUGAAGGUGUUGCUUAUCAUUGGCUACUAUUCCAAUUCCACUGAUGCUUCUGUAUGGAAAUCUCUCCCCUACCUGAACAUGCUCUCCAUUAUAAACUGCAGCGUCAACCCAAUCGUCUACUUUGUGGUAGGCAGUCUGAGGAGGAAGAGGAGUAGGAAGUCCUUAAAAGAAGCACUGCAGAAGGUCUUCGAGGAAAAGCCAGUGGUGGCCUCGAGGGAGAACGAGCUACAGUUCUCCCCGCCCUUAUGA